CGGAGCAGAGCAGCACGCUGCCCGCGCGGGUACGGCCCUUUCCUUGCCAUCUUCCACCUCUCCAUGCGCUAGGGGCGGCUUGGCGCAAAGGGAGACUCGGACCUGGGGAGGAGACGACAGACGAGACCGAGGCGACCGCGACCGAAUCGCGUGUGGGGCGGUAGGCCAUCGAGGCGAUCCGCGGGGGGCAAGGAAGGAAAGGAGGAAGAGCAGAGCGGAGUGGGUCGGGGUGGGGGGGACGCGCGGCGUGAAGGAUGGACGCGAACGGGCGCGGGGAGGAUGGCGACGCGCGGGCGCCGCUCCUGGCGGGGCCCGGGCGGCGGCGCAACUCGGUGGCGUCGAUGCGCGGGGAGUUCGUCUCGCGCCUGCCCAAGAAGGUGCUCGACGCCGUCGACCCCGAGCACCCGUCGCACGUCGACUUCUCCCGCUCCAAGGGCCUCCCCGAAGGGGAGAGAGAGUACUAUGAAAAACAGUUUGCCACGUUGAGGUCCUUUGAGGAAGUUGACUCAAUAGAAGAAUCCAAUGAAAUUGAUGAGGAAGAGGAGCUUGCGGAGCAAAACCAGAGUGAAUUUGCCAUGAAGAUAUCAAAUUACGCAAACAUUAUUCUCUUAGCGUUGAAGGUAUACGCCACAAUUAAAAGUGGAUCAAUCGCUAUAGCUGCCUCAACACUGGAUUCACUGCUUGAUCUCAUGGCUGGUGGUAUCCUUUGGUUCACACAUCUGUCAAUGAAGAGCAUCAAUGUCUACAAGUACCCCAUUGGCAAACUGAGGGUACAGCCUGUAGGCAUUAUCAUCUUUGCUGCUGUCAUGGCCACUUUAGGCUUCCAAGUAUUUAUUCAAGCUGUUGAAAAGCUGAUAGUGAAUGAGGCUCCAGCUAAACUGAACCAAGUACAACUCUUGUGGCUAUAUUCAAUCAUGAUCUUUGCAACAGUGGUGAAAUUAGCUCUCUGGCUCUAUUGCCGAACAUCUGGUAACAAGAUCGUCCGUGCUUACGCUAAGGAUCACUAUUUUGAUGUUGUCACAAAUGUAGUGGGUUUGGCUGCUGCUGUCCUUGGCGAUAGAUUCUACUGGUGGAUUGAUCCAGUUGGUGCAAUUGCCCUUGCAGUCUACACAAUUACAAAUUGGUCUGGAACGGUGUGGGAAAAUGCAGUUUCACUGGUAGGUGAAUCAGCUCCUCCAGAAAUGCUUCAGAAGUUGACAUAUCUAGCUAUCAGACAUCAUCCUCAAAUUAAGCGUGUCGAUACAGUUCGGGCAUACACCUUUGGGGUGCUUUACUUUGUUGAGGUUGACAUCGAGCUCCCUGAGGACUUGCCACUAAAGGAGGCACACGCCAUCGGAGAAUCACUCCAGAUCAAGAUCGAGGAGCUCCCCGAAGUCGAGCGAGCAUUCGUUCACCUCGAUUUCGAGUGCGACCACAAGCCGGAGCACUCGAUUCUCAGCAAGCUGCCCAGCAACCAGCCUUGACCCGAAGGGAUCCCACGUGGUGGUUGGCAAAUAGAUUGUCGCGCAGGAUCUGCUACAGUGCUCGGUGUCUUGUGCUGCAUGUGACAAAAAACUAAGAGUCUAAAUCAGUUUUGUGGUCGUAAGAUGUAGAUCAGGCGCGUCUAAGACUACGAGGGACGUAGCAGGUGCACAAGGCCGAGAUUGUUCUGAGUGAGUGUGGAACCCUCUGUUUUGCACGGUCGUGUUCAGUGUUCUGAUCGAAAGUAGGCACUUUGCUGUUGACAUGUGAUCGGCUGUGUGCUAUAUGAUGCUGUUUAGGGAAGGGCGGAGAGCAAGAUAGCAGGUCCUUUGCUUUAAACAAAUUUCAUUUCUUAUUGUCUGAAA